UGGAACAUUACCCAUCUGGGAAUUCUCGCAUUUAUAUGGAAACAAACAACACAAACAUUAAAAACAGCAAAUGUUUAGAGAGAGAAACAAUUAAGGUUGCACACUCAGAGAGAGAGAGAGAGAGAGAGAGAGAGGGAGAGAGAGAGUAGUCUGUUCAACGUGUAGUCUGUUCAACUUCCAGUCUGUUUCUCUCUCUCACUGUGAUACUACAUUGUGUCUUUUACAGUGAUUUUCUCUCUCCACACAUAGGUGAAGAGACCAAAACCCUAAUCGACAAUGUUUGCUGAAGCUCGUGACAAUGGUGCCCGUAGAUGGGUUAAGGAGGGUUUUGCCAAGAAGAGAGACAGUCCAUUUUCUGAUCCUGUUUUUGGGAAAUACGGCCUCAGUCACAAAAUGCCAUCUACGGCUAAGUUCCAAAGUGGGCAUUUGCCAUCGGGCAUUAUUCCGGUGUCAAAAGCGGUCCCAAUUGCCAGUGGGUCCGGAUCGGAUAUGGAUACAUGUUCUGAUUCUGAUGAUGACGAGGUUUAUGGUGCUCGAUACUCUCUUGAUUCCUCACCGCAAGAUGAUAAAGUCCCAGUUGGGGUCGGUCCAAUGCAUACCAAUUAUGUCAAUAGAAAUGCUAAUUAUGCAACUGUGAGUGUGCGGAAACAAGGCCAUGGUAUUGGAGAUGGCGAUUCAUUGGAUUCAGUUACUAGCUCUCGAGUGCACUAUCAGAGUGUUCGUUUGCAGCCAAAUGAGAAUACAAAAGGCAAACAGUUUCAGGAUUCUCAUGGCAGAAGGUUGCAGAAUAAGGUGCUUUUUGAUGGUAUCCCGAGUGCACCUCCAUGUGCUUAUUCUGCCGAGGAAAUUAAUCAAGCUGCUGAUCAAAUCCCAACUUUUGUUGCAAAUGGUGCACCUUGCCCUGAUAGUUCAUAUUGUUCUUCAACAACAGAUGAACCAAACCCUAACAGGAGCAUUCCUGCAGCUACUACAGUACACAAUACUACCACAAAUAGAAUUCAUGACCGAUCUCGUAGUGCUGGUGGUGGUGCAGAAGCUGCAACAUGUUCCAGUUCUUUACCAGCUCAACGCCCCACAUAUCAUGCGAGUGGACUGGGUCUGUGGUGUGCUGUGAUUUCUUAUGAUGCAUGCGUCCGGCUAUGUCUUUACUCAUGGGCCAGAGGUUGUGAGGAAGCUCCCAUGUUUUUAGAGAAUGAAUGUAUGCUGUUGCGAAAUACAUUCGGUUUACAACAAGUAGUGCUACAACCAGAAGAAGAACUACUGAGCAACCCAGCUAAAGAAUUAAACAGUGAGGGAGCUGCUGUAAGGCCGAAGAAAACUUUUGGAAAAAUGAAAGUGCAAGUUCGAAAAGUAAAAUUGGCGUCAGAUCUGCCCAUAGGGUGCAGUUUUUCAUCUCUGAAACCUCCUAUGGAAAAAAAAAUGGAAUCACUUCGUUUUCAUAUGUCCAAUGCAAAAUCAACUCUAUCAUCCGGAUGGGGAGCUCUUCGUCAAGUUCGUGUGCCACCACAAAUUCCUGCGAACAGCUCUUUUUCACGCCAGAGCUUGGCGUAUGUGCAUGCUGGCACAAGGUAUGUACAGGAGGUGUCCGGGAUUUUGAAAUCCGGAGUGAUCAAUUUCUGCAACACUUCAUCCUCCUAUGAAGAAGUGCAAGAAACAUAUUCUUGUUUGUUGAGGCUGAAAAGUUCAUCUGAAGAGGAUGCUGUUCGAAUGCAGCCCGGCUCUGGUGAAACCCAUGUAUUCUUGCCAGAUGGUCUAGGAGAUGAUCUGAUUUUAGAAGUUCACGACUCAAAGGGAAAAUAUUGUGGUCGUGUCGUAGCUCAGGUGGCCGCCAUUGCUGAAGACCCUGGCGACAAGCUUCGGUGGUGGUCCAUAUAUCAGGAGCCAGAGCAUGAACUGGUUGGAAGAAUUCAAUUGUACAUAAGCUACACAACCAGUCUCGAUGAGAGUAAUCAUCCUAAGUGUGGCUCUGUUGCAGAAACAGUGGCAUACGACUUGGUUUUGGAGGUUGCAAUGAAAGUUCAGGAUUUUAAGCCAAGAAAUUUAUUGCUGCAUGGUUCAUGGAAGUGGUUAGUUACUGAGUUUGCUUCCUACUAUGGAGUUUCAGAUGCAUACACUAGGCUAAGAUACCUUUCUUAUAUAAUGGAUGUGGCAACACCCACUGCAGACUGUCUGUCCUUGGUGCAUGAUUUGCUAGCACCUGUCAUUAUGAAGGGCAGAGUAAAGGGCGCAUUGAGUCAUCAAGAGAAUCGCAUACUGGGGGAAGUUCAUGAUCGAAUUGAGGAUAUUCUGGCUCUGCUUUUUGAGAACUACAAAUCAUUGGAUGAAUCAUCAGAAUCAGGGAUGGUGGAUGUUUUCAAGCCUGCAACUGGAUUGGCUGCACCUGCUCUAGAACCUGCUCUGAAGCUAUACAAUCUUAUGCAUGACAUACUCUCUUCUGAGGCACAGUUGAAACUUUGCCGAUAUUUUCAGGUUGCAGCCAAAAAGAGGUCCAGAAUGCACUUGUUAGAAACAGAUGAGUUUGUUUCUAGCAACACUGGGAGUGCGUUGAUGGAUUCUGUGGCUCUUUCCACGGCUUACCAGGAAAUGAAAUCUCUUUGUUUCAGUAUGAAAAAUGAAAUUUAUACUGACAUACAAAUUCACAACCUGGAUGUGCUUCCCAGUUUUAUAGAACUUCCUAGUCUGCUGUCCUCCAUAUACAGCGUGGAGCUCUGCAAAAGAUUACGUGAAUUCCUGAUUGCAUGUCCACCAAAUGGGCCCUCACCUUCUGUAACAGAUCUAGUCAUUGCUGCAGCUGAUUUCCAAAAGGAUCUUGCUUUAUGGAAUAUCAGUCCAACCAAAGGUGGAGUUGAUGCAAAAGAGCUGUUCCACUUUUAUAUAACCCGCUGGAUUCAAGAUAAGCGUCUUGCUUUGCUUGAAUCAUGCAAGCUUGAUAAGGUGAAGUGGUCCAAUAAUCAAACACAACAUUCCACAACUCCUUUUGUUGAUGAUAUGUAUGAUCAGCUGAAGGAGACGUUGAGUGAAUAUGAAGUGAUCACUUGCCGCUGGCCAGAAUACACAUUUGUUUUGGAGAAAGUUAUCACAGAUGUUGAAAAAGCCAUCGUGGACACUCUGGACAAGCAGUACGCCGAAGUUAUAUCCCCAUUGAAGGAGAAUCUAUCACCAAUUAAAUUUGGCAUCAAAUACGUACAAAAAAUCGCUACAGGGACUGUUUGCCCGUAUAGUGUCCCUGAAGAGCUUGGAAUUCUUUUGAAUUCUUUGAAAUGGAUGCUUGAUGUCCUGCGACCCAAGAUAGAAGCUCAGUUGAAGUCAUGGGGUUCUUGUACUAUUGAUGGUGGAAAUGCAGCCCCUGGAGAGUAUCUCAGUGAAGUAACAGUAAUGCUUCGAACCAAAUUCAGAAAUUACCUUCAAGCAGUUGUGGAGAAACUUGCUGAAAAUACGAGGGUGCAGAAUGAAACAAAAUUGAAGAAGAUAAUCCAAGAGUCAAAAUAUUCUGUACUAGAGUCAGAUAUAAGAAAUAGAAUGCAGCCUUUGAAGGAUCUCCUGAUGAAGACAAUUGAUCACCUUCAUACCGUCGUUGAAACACAGAUAUUCAUUAUAAUCUGCCGAGGUUUUUGGGAUCGGAUGGGCCAGGACAUGCUGAGGUUUUUGGAGAAUAGAAACGAAAACAAGUCCUGUUAUAAGGGUUCGCGAGUUGCAGUUUCGAUAUUAGACGACACAUUCGCAUCACAAAUGCAACAGUUGAUCGGUAAUGCACUGCAAGAGAGAGACCUUGAGCCACCCCGAUCCAUAAUGGCAGUGCGCUCGAUGCUCUGCAAGGAUACCGUAAACCACAACGACAACAAUUACUACUACUAAGAGUACGAUUCGUGUAUAUAUAUAGGAUAUAGCUACAUAUGAGUAUGCUUUUACCGGAGCUUACAGGGGUGUUCCAUGGAAUUUCUCUCAUACGAGAGAGAAUACGGCGGCCACCUUUGCACAUGAAGAAAAGGUUCGCACAGUUUUGUUAGGUAGAAAAACUCAGCUUCUUGUGCCGCGAUCGCCGCGGCCUCUGUGGCGUUAUUUUAUAUAUAUUUUUUUUACUGGAGUAUGAUUUCCCAUUUCCUAGUCUCAGAAAGUGUAAUUGGAUGAGUUCACCAUUCUUUAUGGUUCUAUUGUACCAAUUUAGCAACA